GAUGUUAAUGUUGAAAAGGAUAAUUUAAAAAUAGAAGGCAAAGUCGUUAAAAAACAUAACACAAAAACUUUGAUACGGGAAUUAGACGAUUUCAUAGCAGAGAACACACAAUUAUCUUGUUGUUUAUGCGCUGCAUCACUUAAAGAUUUCACAGAUUUAAAGAAACAUUUUCGACAAGAACAUCAGUGUGUAGGUUAUAUACCUUGUUGUAAUAAUCGGUAUAGAAAACGGACUUUAUAUGUGGACCAUCUGAAACUUCAUAAAGACCCAGAUUUUUUCAAAUGUACACUCUGUAAUAAACAAUUAGCAAGCAGAAAUAACUACCAAAAUCAUAUGGACACUAUACAUCCAGACGCAGAAAGUUUACUGUAUCCCUGUAAAUUAUGCCCCAGAAAGUUUGCUAAGCAGUACAUUUUAGACUAUCACAUAAAGUCUAGCCAUACUACAGAGCGAAAUUAUAUCUGCAAAACCUGCAAUAAGGGAUUCAUAAAUUCUGCAGUUUUAAAACAGCAUGAAAAGGCAGUACAUUUAAAUGAAUACGACUCUGUUUGUGAAGUUUGCGGCAAGUGUCUUAAAACCGCCCAAAAUCUUUUGUCUCACAUGGAGGCCAUUCAUAAUACGGAACCUCGUCCGGAAGAACAAUGUAAAAUCUGUCUUAAAUGGUUGAAAAAUGCACGCUGUGUAAAAAAACACAUGAUCAUACAUCGAGACCAAGCGUCCGGACAAGAGUUCAAGUGUCCUCAGUGUGGUAUGGAAAAAAAUACACGUCAUGCGCUUUCUGCUCAUAUCCGAUAUCAUCACUCGGAUAAAGUGUUUACAUGCACAAUGUGUAAUAAAGAAUUUAAAAAUCCCCGCGCAUUGAGGGAACAUGAAACUACACAUACUGGAACCCAUUUGUACACCUGUUCCUUUUGUCCAAAGACGUUUAGGUCUCAUGGCAAUAUGCAUAAACAUAAGGUCAAUAAUCAUUCAAAUGAGUGGGUUCGUAAACGGUCGCAACCAAGCGAGAUUACCAAAAGCUUGUUAAAUAUUUUACCACCUGAUGGAGAACAAAUUUGAAGAGUCAAUAAAUUAUUAAGAUUUCUAUGAAUUA